CUGCCUGUUCCUCCCAUUUGCUCCGCAAGCAAUCGAUCGUUGUAAUUGUGGGAGAGCUGACAUUGUUCUUCCCCCGGCAGAGCGUUUAUCGGACGACAUUUUUCCCCGCCUCGGACCGAUCGAGCUUCCAUCCAUGAUUUCGUUUUGAGAUACUUCUCUUCGGUAUCCGACACCCCCUUGUCCUUGUCUUUUGGUGGGGUUCGUUCUGUGCAGGCAGGACAGGUUGCAGGAAGAUGCCAUAUACGCCUCCGAACAGAUCGCCCGCUCCGUCGGCUCUUCCGACGCCUGAAGGAAGUCGCCGACCUUCGUUUCAUCAACCGCCCAAUGUUAGCUCGAGACCUGUUCUCCCUCGAUCAGCCUCUUACCUGAGCAGGCAUCGGCGGACACCUUCAGCGACGGGAGCUGCGCAACUUGGCGUUAGUGAGCUGUCGCCUGAGGCGACCUCUGAAGACCUGAAAGGUAUGGUGGCUGGCAAUGUCAGUGUGCGACAGUCGCCGCCUCCGGUCACGGGCGAUCGUGGGAUGCCGAGGGGCGCAAUCACGACGCCGCCCGCUAGUGACGACGACGACGACGCGAUCGAGAUCUCCGGUGAAACUCGCGGCAGGCAGAUCGAGAACCUUAGCGAGCUGCAUGACGCCGUUAGUAAAAUUCCACAGCAGAGACCACGCUUCCCGAGCGUGGGAGAUGCCAGCAAUAAGGGGGCCACAGAUGCCGGAGACCUACUCGUCCUUCCGACGCAGGCAAAUACCAUUACAGAAGGCCUUCACCAGAGCCUGAGCACAAGCUCGCUUGACGCUCUUGUUGCAGGGAGCCACCGGCGGAUUUCCCACACUCGGUCAGCGACGCAGCCGAAUAUCUCCACAUCACUAUCAUGCAGCAGCUCGGUAACCGGCUCUGAGGAGGAUUCUGACGAAGAGCGGCGGUACAAGCCGCAAAUGGUACGAAAAAAGUCCGGUGAGCUCGUUCGGCCCGCUCUCCGUGCCCCGUCGUCGCUUCGAAGGCGACCGUCGAGUAUGCCGGGCACGCCGACGUUUGCGAAGGCGGUACACUUCGACUCCAAGAUCGAGGAAGUGCGGCAUUUCCUUCAGCUCGACAAGCCUCUUGCAGUCAGUGCCGGCUCCUCCCCUGUCGAUAACUAUGAGAGCGACACAGAGUACCCCUUCUCUGGAGAUGAGAGAACGGCAUUACGCCCCUUGUACGAAUGGGAAUUGAUCAUGAAGAACUUUCCCCUCGAGACGCCCGUGCGGAAGGCGCAGCCCGUGCGGUUGGAGAGGGUAUGGUUGUCGACUGACCAGAAGUGCCUGAUUGGGUCGGUUGCUGUAGCCAAUCUUGCCUUUCAGAAACGAGUAUGGUGCAGAUUCACGCUCGACUAUUGGAAGACAACAUCCGAGGUAGCGGCCGAGUACCUCUGUGGAAUCCCCGCCGCGGAUACCCCUCACGGGCAAGACAGAUUCAACUUUGCAAUCAAACUGUCGGACCUCGUCAACCUGGAGUCCAAGACACUGUUCUUUUGCAUUCGGUAUGAGGUGAAUGGACAGGAGUACUGGGAUAACAACGGCGGGAUCAAUUUCCAGGUCGAUUUCAAAAAGAAACCCACUGGGAACCAUGGGAAGGACGGUGUUUCACCCUCGCGCCCUGGGCUGCCCAGGGCAAAGGGCAAUCGGCGCCCAAGUUCGGAUGAUGCCUCGACGACCAAGUCCAAACCAGUGAGCACUGACGCGUUUGGCGACAUACCACGGUUGGAUUUCGGCCAGCCCAUUCAUCACUACCUGGGAGAAUCGGGACAGGGUGGUCUACGACUGAAGGGCGUCAAGAGCGCUAGCAGCCUCCCAAGCGAUAACCUGUCGAAACGCUUGUCUGCCCCCAGCGGGCAAUUCGCCAAUCGGUACGACAUAAGUGCUUCUAUCAGCGCCGCUAUUCAGACGGCCAGAUAUGGCCUGUACAUGAAACCGUCGAAACGAUCCAGCACAAUCGUCCCGGCCGGUGCCGCGUCUGCGUCUAAAUCCAACCCGUCCAUCGCCUCGAAUGAACCCGAGCCGUCGACGAAUGGAGGAGACAAUGAACAGUCCGGUGUGGCGACAAAGCGUGAAGCAGUCGCAACCACAGCUGGUGCUCCCACCGCGGCGCCCGCCGCAGAAUCACCCACCUCCACCCUCUCAUCUGCCUCUUACGAGGAAAUAGUGAGUAAAUGGUGCUUUUUCAGCUCCAAGCCGUCGAACGUUCAGGACGUUCCCACUCAAGGACCUUCGUCUAAAGUUGGUGGGUUUGACGGCACCGACGACGGAACAAAAAGCCAGAGGAACAGCGGUACGGCAAGCUACGAAGGAAGUGCCGUCCAAAUGGGCAACUAUCAUCACUCACACAGCGGCAUUCAACACCAUUCCCUCCACCCGAUCGAUCCCAAUCCCUACUUCCAACAUAUACCGCUCAGGGCAAUCGGCGGCUCUCCCGCGGAGUCUCCUUUCAGUCAUUUCUCGUCACAGAGGACUGGAAGUCCGUUGACGGGGCUGUCUCAGUCCCCGGUCUCUGGCCAGUCCGUUGGCCACUCGCCCUCCCCGAAAUCCUUUGUCGAACCGACCGGUUCGUCGCCGAAGGACUAUGCAUAUCAGCACUUGCACGAUCGUUUCCCGUUUUCUGGAACGGAGACCUAUUCUGCGGCAGCGAUCAGGGGUUGAAAGUGAAAAAGGAAAGCCUUGGAAGGGGGAUGUGGACGCAAUGACCUGCUAGGCGGAAACAGAAGCAUCCUCGCGAUGUCAACUGAACGGCCUCGACACGUAUUGCACAUCAUCACUUUCCAUUCGGCAUUGCCCUCCAAAGGGUCAAUUCUUU